ACCGCCAGUCGCAAUGUCGCACGCCCAACAAUCUCCCGAGGGGCCAGAACCUGGAGAAAGAAAAGAACAGGAGAAAAGGGAGGAAGAGAGACCAUGGUGGGAGCGAGCCGGGCGCUGCUCCUCAAGGACGGAGGCAAGAUCAGCAGAGCCCUUUCCGACUUCUUGGUUUGCCCGCUCUCCAAGCAGCCCUUGAGGCGUUGCCAAGACUCCCAAUCGUUGAUUAGCGAUGCCAUUGGUGUAUCCUUUCCCAUAAUUGAUGGAAUCCCUUGUUUGGUGCCAAAGGAUGGUAAGUUGCUUGAGGACCAAGACGUAUCAAAAAUUGAAAAUGGUGCUGAUCCAUCUGUUGUCCACAGUGAAAGGUGAUCCAUAGUGAGUGAUAAAUGUUUCCAAUUCACAAGGAAGUUUUGAAAAUGCCAUGGAUAGCGCUGGAUGGGAUUUUUCAGCACAACAGUUUAUAUGCUUCCAAUUCAGUUGUCUGUAGAAUUAAAAUUGCUUUCCCUUGUCAGCUUUUGUGAAAUUGUUUUACAUCCAAGGAAAUGGUUAGAGUCGUUAUGUUUCUAUAUGACUCAAGAAUAAUAUGCUUCACUCCUCUAACAUACUUGAUUAGUUGUGGCUCUUGAAUUUUGUGGUAUUCUAAGGGAAAAUGGUAUGUACUGCAACAAGUAAUUUGAUGUUUUGGGGGUUUUUUGCUCUCUUUAUCUUUUGAUAAAAGCAA